UGUGGAAAAGCGGGGAGGAUUUAUUCUCCUUUCUAGCGCAGUCACAUCUGGAAGCAGUCAGGGAGUCUACAGGGGAGGGGGUUUGGUCGUCAGAUCAUUGCAGAGAGGCUGGUGGUGUGCGCUCUCUCUCCGCAGGGCCACAGACUACUGACUACUCCCCUUUCUCUCCAAUAUGGACUGGACGCGGCCGAUUCUGCACUCUGUUUCCUAACGAGGCGCGACGCAAACUACGCCUGUUGAGGAACAUCUCAGAUGGAGUCGAUCGUAUGCGAAGAUCGAAGCCCGUGAGAUCUGGAAUAUACACACCUUUUAUCUUUUGCUGCGCUUUCUGAAACGGUCUCUGAAACUACGCCCGCUUUUCCUGCGCUUCUUCUGGCUGUUGCAGCAUCCUUUUCGAACCGUUUCCGAGCCAAUCGCGCCGAUUUGAUUAUCGAUUAUCAGCAAGCGGCGCUGGUAUCAUGUUUCUUAGGUAGGGCCCGGAUGUUCCAAAGAUGCACUGGUUCGUUUUCUUAGGUGGCCCCUGCGAAUAUCUUUUCCUGAUCUUUAGCUCCAUAAUGGGGAUCAGGUAAUAUUAACUAAGCCGCGAGAGAAGGAAUAUCUUACGCUUUGCGUUUUUCAUUUUUUUUUUUUUGCUUCUCCCUUUUUCUUUUAUUUCUUUCCCUUGGGUUGUUUUUUCCUACCCCCUUCUCUUUUUUUUACAACCUUUUCUUCAUUCACCUUCGGAUAAAGCUGGACCACAUAUAUGGUAAAUGAAAGCAAAAACAUGUACAUACCGGAGGACACCCUUGAAAACCAUCAAGGCUCCAACUAUUCCAGUCCGUCGUUGGCUCCGGUCCCCAGUCUGAAUGAGGACGAGGGUGUGGGGGGCGGGGGUGGGGUGUUGGGUCUUGCACCUGAACACAUUCCCACCCCUGGCGCCCCCCUUAGCUGGCAGGCAGCCAUCGACGCGGCACGGCAGGCCAAGCUGAUGGGCACCACCGGAGCCCCGAUCUCCACCGUGAGCUCCACGCAGCGCAAACGCCAGCACUACACCAAACCCAAGAAACAGGCCAGCACUGCCUCCACACGCCCACCCCGAGCCCUUCUCUGCCUCACUCUUAAAAACCCCAUCCGCAGGGCGUGCAUCAAUAUCGUGGAAUGGAAACCGUUUGAAAUCAUAAUUUUGAUGACUAUUUUUGCAAACUGUGUGGCCUUAGCUGUCUACAUCCCUUUCCCUGAGGAUGAUUCCAACGCAACCAACUCAAACCUGGAACGGGUGGAGUAUCUCUUUCUGAUCAUUUUUACGGUGGAGGCGUUUCUGAAAGUUAUUGCAUACGGGCUGCUGUGUCAUCCUAAUGCGUACCUGCGGAAUGGCUGGAACCUGUUGGAUUUCAUCAUUGUGGUGGUAGGGCUCUUCAGUGCAAUAUUAGAGCAGGCCACUAAAGGAGACGGUGGGACUUCAAUGGGAGGCAAGGCUGCAGGGUUUGAUGUUAAAGCCCUGCGAGCCUUUAGAGUGUUGAGACCUCUGAGACUCGUGUCUGGAGUACCUAGUUUACAGGUGGUGCUGAACUCCAUCAUUAAAGCCAUGGUUCCCCUCCUGCACAUCGCUCUGCUCGUUCUCUUCGUCAUCAUCAUUUACGCCAUCAUCGGCCUCGAGCUCUUCAUGGGCAAGAUGCACAGAACCUGUUUUUUCUUCAAAGAUGGACACAAAGGUCCCAUAUCUGAAGAGAAGCCAGCCCCCUGCGCCCCAAACUCCGCCCAUGGACGACACUGCGCCAACUUAACACAGUGCAUGAUGGGAUGGGAGGGUCCAAAUGACGGAAUCACAAACUUUGAUAACUUUGCAUUUGCCAUGCUGACUGUGUUUCAAUGCAUCACGAUGGAGGGCUGGACUGACGUCCUGUACUGGGUCAAUGAUGCUGUAGGGAAUUCCUGGCCGUGGCUUUAUUUUGUCACUUUAAUCAUCAUUGGCUCCUUUUUUGUUCUUAAUUUGGUUCUUGGGGUUUUAAGCGGAGAGUUCUCUAAAGAGCGAGAAAAGGCCAAAGCUCGCGGCGAUUUCCAGAAGCUCCGUGAGAAGCAGCAGCUGGAGGAGGAUCUGAAGGGCUACCUGGACUGGAUCACGCAGGCGGAAGAUAUCGACCCUGAGAAUGACGACGAGGGACUGGAUGACGACAAACCUAGAAAUCUGAGUAUGCCGGCCAGUGAAAAUGAGUCAGUGAACACUGAUAAUGCUCCAGCUGGAGACAUGGAAGGAGAGACCUGCUGUACCCGUAUGGCAAAUAGGAUCUCCAAAUCCAAAUUCAGUCGAUAUUCACGCCGGUGGAAUCGGUUAUGCCGGCGCAAGUGCCGCGCAGCAGUGAAGUCAAAUGUGUUCUACUGGCUGGUGAUUUUCCUGGUAUUUUUGAACACACUUACCAUUGCCUCAGAGCACCAUCAGCAGCUAGACUGGCUCACCAAUGUUCAAGAUAUCGCCAAUAAGGUGUUGCUUGCUCUUUUUACCGGUGAGAUGCUGCUGAAGAUGUACAGCCUGGGCCUUCAGGCCUAUUUCGUCUCCCUUUUUAACCGCUUCGACAGUUUUGUGGUGUGCGGUGGGAUUCUGGAGACCAUCCUGGUGGAGACAAAGAUCAUGUCACCCCUCGGCAUCUCUGUGCUGCGCUGCGUACGUCUGCUCCGCAUCUUCAAGAUCACCAGGUACUGGAACUCUCUCAGUAAUCUGGUUGCGUCUCUACUGAAUUCGGUGCGUUCGAUCGCGUCCCUGCUUCUGCUGCUCUUCCUGUUCAUCAUCAUCUUCAGUCUGCUUGGAAUGCAGCUCUUUGGUGGCAAGUUCAACUUCGAUGAGACGCGCCGCAGCACCUUCGAUAAUUUCCCCCAGUCUCUCCUCACCGUCUUUCAGAUUUUAACCGGUGAGGACUGGAACUCUGUGAUGUAUGAUGGCAUCAUGGCGUAUGGAGGGCCCUCCUUUCCUGGCAUGCUCGUCUGCAUUUAUUUCAUCAUCCUCUUCAUCUGUGGAAACUACAUCCUCCUGAAUGUCUUCUUGGCCAUUGCCGUGGACAACCUAGCAGACGCAGAGAGUCUGACAUCAGCACAGAAAGAGGAAGAGGAGGAGAAAGAGAGGAAGAAACUGGCCAGAACGGCUAGUCCCGAGAAGCGCCAGAACUCUGAGAAACCACCUCUGGAGGAUAAAAAGAAAGAGGAAAAGAUUGAACUAAAAUCCAUCACUUCUGAUGGAGAGACACCAACUGCCACCAAGAUCAACAUAGAUGAGUACACAGGGGAGGAGAACGAAGAGAAGAAUCCAUAUCCUGUGAACGAUUUCCCAGGAGCGGAGGACGAGGAAGAGCCAGAGAUGCCAGUAGGUCCUCGUCCACGUCCACUCUCCGACAUUCAGCUGAAGGAGAAGGCCAUCCCUAUGCCAGAAGCCAGAGCUUUCUUUAUUUUCAGCCCCAGUAACAAGUUCAGGGUUUUGUGUCAUAAGAUUGUAAACCACAACGUCUUCACCAAUUUAAUCCUGUUCUUUAUACUGCUGAGCAGCAUUUCACUGGCAGCGGAGGACCCAGUGAAGAAUGACUCAUUCAGGAAUCAGAUUCUAGGCUAUGCAGAUUAUGUGUUUACAGGAAUCUUCACCAUAGAGAUCAUAUUAAAGAUGACAGCAUAUGGAGCGUUCCUACAUAAGGGUUCAUUUUGUCGAAAUUAUUUUAAUAUUUUGGAUCUGGUGGUGGUCAGUGUGUCUCUGAUCUCCUCUGGAAUUCAGUCAAGUGCCAUUAAUGUAGUGAAGAUUCUCAGAGUGCUGAGGGUAUUGAGGCCCCUGAGAGCAAUCAACAGAGCCAAAGGCCUCAAACAUGUGGUCCAGUGUGUGUUUGUAGCCAUCCGCACCAUUGGGAAUAUCGUCAUCGUCACCUCUUUGCUGCAGUUCAUGUUUGCCUGUAUUGGUGUUCAACUCUUCAAGGGCAAAUUCUUCUACUGCACAGACACCUCUAAACAGACACAGGCUGAAUGCAGGGGGUCAUACAUAUUGUACAAGGAUGGGAAUGUUGGGAAGCCAGAGAAAGCUCUGCGUUCAUGGGAGAAUAGUGAUUUCAACUUUGAUGAUGUUCUGCAGGGCAUGAUGGCUCUGUUUGCCGUGUCUACUUUUGAGGGUUGGCCAGCGCUCCUCUACAGAGCCAUCGACUCCCAUACAGAGGAUGUUGGGCCGAUCUACAACUACCGGGUGGUCAUCUCUAUAUUCUUCAUCAUCUACAUCAUCAUCAUCGCCUUCUUCAUGAUGAACAUAUUUGUAGGUUUCGUGAUUGUGACAUUUCAGGAGCAGGGAGAGCAAGAGUACAAAAACUGUGAGCUGGACAAGAACCAGCGUCAGUGUGUGGAAUAUGCCCUGAAGGCUCGCCCCCUACGCAGGUACAUCCCCAAGAACCCGUAUCAGUACAAGGUUUGGUACGUGGUGAACUCCACCUACUUUGAGUACCUGAUGUUCACCCUCAUUCUUCUCAAUACCAUCUGCCUGGCCAUGCAGCAUCAUGGUCAAUCUCAGUCCUUCAACAAAGCCAUGAAUAUCCUCAAUAUGUUGUUCACCGGCCUCUUCACUGUGGAAAUGAUCCUCAAACUCAUCGCCUUCAAACCAAGGGGUUACUUUAGUGACCCCUGGAAUGUUUUUGACUUCCUCAUCGUAAUUGGCAGCAUUAUAGACGUCAUUCUGAGUGAGAUCAACCAUUAUUUUGUUGAUGCAUGGAACACGUUUGAUGCCCUUAUUGUAGUGGGUAGUGUUGUUGAUAUAGCCAUCACAGAGGUUAACCCAGCUGACCUCUCCUCCUCUCCCCCCUCCUCUGUGGUAAGACCAAUGGGACUCCAAAACACUGAAGAUAACGCCAGGAUCUCAAUCACGUUCUUUCGGCUGUUCCGCGUGAUGAGGCUGGUGAAGCUCCUGUCUCGGGGAGAGGGCAUUCGGACGCUACUCUGGACAUUCAUUAAAUCCUUUCAGGCUCUUCCCUAUGUCGCUUUGCUGAUCGUAAUGCUGUUCUUCAUCUAUGCCGUCAUUGGGAUGCAGAUGUUUGGUAAGAUUGGCCUGAGGGACAACAGCCAGAUCAACCGAAACAACAACUUCCAGACGUUUCCUCAGGCUGUUCUGCUGCUCUUCAGGUGUGCAACAGGGGAGGCAUGGCAGGAAAUCAUGCUGGCCUGUUCUCCGAACCGCCCGUGUGAGAAGGGGUCAGAGGUCGGCAAUUCCAGUGAAGACUGUGGCAGCCACUUUGCCAUCAUCUACUUUGUCAGCUUUUAUAUGCUCUGCGCCUUCCUGAUCAUUAACCUCUUUGUGGCCGUCAUCAUGGAUAACUUUGACUAUUUAACUCGUGAUUGGUCAAUAUUGGGGCCGCAUCAUUUGGAUGAGUUCAAGAGGAUAUGGGCGGAAUACGAUCCUGAGGCCAAGGGUCGGAUAAAGCACCUGGAUGUGGUGACCUUACUACGCAGGAUUCAGCCUCCCCUUGGAUUUGGAAAGCUCUGUCCACAUAGAGUGGCUUGCAAGCGGCUUGUGUCCAUGAACAUGCCUCUCAAUAGCGACGGAACGGUGAUGUUCAACGCUACUCUCUUUGCUCUAGUACGGACGGCUUUACGAAUCAAAACUGAAGGUAACCUGGAACAAGCGAAUGAGGAACUCAGGGCCAUCGUGAAGAAGAUCUGGAAGAGGACGAGUAUGAAGCUGCUGGAUCAAGUUGUUCCCCCUGCUGGAGAUGAUGAAGUAACAGUGGGGAAGUUUUAUGCCACAUUCCUGAUUCAGGAAUACUUCAGGAAAUUUAAGAAGCGCAAGGAACAGGGCCUGGUGGCCAAAAUUCCCCCAAAGACUGCUCUUUCACUGCAGGCUGGCCUGCGUACACUGCAUGAUAUGGGUCCUGAGAUCAGAAGAGCGAUAUCAGGGGACCUGACUGUGGAGGAGGAAUUGGAGAGAGCCAUGAAAGAAACCGUGUGUACUGCUUCUGAGGAUGAUAUCUUCAGGCGGUCUGGGGGCCUCUUCGGGAACCACGUCAACUAUUAUAACCAGAGUGAUGGUCACGCCUCCUUCCCACAAUCCUUCACAACACAGCGGCCAUUGCACAUCAGUAAAUCCGGGAGUCCCGGCGAGGCAGAAUCUCCCUCUCAUCAGAAGCUCGUCGACUCCACCUUCACUCCGAGCAGUUACUCUUCCUCAGGAUCCAACGCAAACAUCAACAACGCCAACAACACAGCCAUCGGACACCGGUAUCCCAAACCUACCAUCAGCACAGUGGACGGACAAACGGGGCCUCCCCUCACCACCGUCCCACUGCCACGGCCCACAUGGUGCUUUCCUAAUAAGAGGAGCUGUUUCUAUGAUUCUUUCAUGCGCUCUGAUUCCAGUGACAGUCGUCUCCCUAUAAUACGCAGAGAGGAAGCGUCUACGGAUGAGACGUACGAUGAAACGUUUCUAGAUGAGAGAGAUCAGGCCAUGCUCUCAAUGGACAUGCUGGAAUUUCAGGAUGAAGAGAGCAAGCAGUUGGCUCCCAUGGUGGAGGCGGAUGUAGAGGAGGAGAGGAGGCUGUGGCAGUCUCCACGGCGUCGGGCCUUUCUCUGCCCCACUGCACUGAGUCGACGGUCUUCCUUUCACUUGGAGUGUCUGAGAAAACAUAACAGACCUGAUGUUUCUCAGAAGACAGCACUACCACUGCACCUAGUGCAUCAUCAGGCUCUGGCUGUGGCGGGGUUAAGUCCCUUGCUGAGACGGAGUCAUUCUCCGACGCUGUUCACGCGUCUGUGUUCCACACCUCCUGCGAGUCCCAGCGGCCGCGGCGGGGGAGGGCCGUGCUACCAGCCCGUUCCUUCUCUGCGGUUGGAGGGCAGCGGAUCUUACGAGAAACUCAACAGCAGCAUGCCGUCUGUGAACUGCAGCUCGUGGUACAGCGACAGUAACGGCAACCACAGCAGGAGCGUGCAGAGGACGCAGCGACCCGUGUCCCUCACGGUUCCGCCGGUCUCGCGCAGAGACUCCAUAUCCCUGGCACACGGGAGCGCCGGCAGCCUUGUGGAGGCGGUGUUGAUAUCUGAGGGUUUGGGUCGGUAUGCACAGGAUCCCACCUUCAUCCAGGUAGCGAAGCAGGAACUAGCGGACGCCUGCGACAUGACCAUGGAGGAGAUGGAGAACGCCGCUGACAACAUUCUCAAUGCUAACGCGCCGCCCAACGCCAACGGAAACCUGCUACCCUUCAUGCAGUGCAGAGACACUGGCUCACAGGAGUCCCAUUGCAGCCACGCACUGGGCCUCUCCACCCCCACAGGCUCUGAUGAGCUGCUGGGGACGGAGUUAGAGCAGUCCGAGGGGGCUGGGCAGAGGAACAGCGUUCUGAUGGACGACGAAGAUAUGGAGUGCGUGACAAGCUUGUAGGGGGAACAGCAGCAGCACGGAGGACUUCCUGUGUCUUAGCCCAGCUCUCUCCGAGGACACUGCUGUCCUGCAGUCUGACCCGUCUGUUGCGUGUACCUACCGUAGGGGUAUAAGGCCAUUCUGCUUAGCUGAGACCGAGUUGGUUUUUAGUUCGUCUGUGUGUUUGCAAGAGCACGAGCGAGUAGGCGUGUGUACAUGUUUGUGUGCGUGUUUCUAAAAGUGCCUCACAGUUCUCACAACCUUGAUCGCAGUAAGGAAAUGGAAAAACAACCCUGACCGAGCAGGGAAUUAAGGGAAUUGUUGUUGCUCAAGCAGUGGGAUCUGUCCACCGGUGGGAGCUGACCUGUGUGUGUAAUGGCAGGACUCGACGGCCGUCUCAUCGGCGUGGACGUGUUGUGCCGAGCAGGUGGAUCUUGUUGGCCCGGGAGCCGUCAGGGGUUCAAGAGAUGCUCAGAGAGACACACUGGAGCGGCUCUCGCUCUCUUUCCUAUCAAGAGAAAUGUCAUCCGUCUCCUUUUCGGCUUUCUCGUUCAGCUAAUGAUUUUUGCUGCUUGUUAAAUUUGAUUUCCACCCAUUAUUCUCUAGGUAAGCCUGCACUUUUUUUUUUUUUUUUUACUCCCAAAUUUCUUUUUCUCGUGUACCGUUUCGGCUUUCAGGUAGCUGCUAGCCAUGCAAGGUACGGGUCAUUGCAUCAGUGGCCUUUUAUUCGAGAUCUGCUUCAUGUUUUAUUUUUUUUUAUCUUCCAGCAUUUAGUGUUUAUAAUGUUUAUCAUGGAUUGCACACAGGUGGAUGCUGUUUUUUUUUUUCUUUUCUUCUUAAAUUAUUAUUCUUAUUAUUAUUGAAGGCAUUUAAGAUGUUUAUGCCAGAUGCAGUGUUGUGAAUCUAAUGCCUCUUACUGACACAACCAAUUAUUUAUUUAUUUAUUCAUUCCUGUCAGAGGUGAAGCGUGUCUCACUCACAAUGUUUAUCGGUAGCUCACAAGCUGUAAAUGAGCAGUGUCACGCGCCUGGAAUCAGGCAGCACUGACAGGUCUCACGGUUCCCCUUGCUGCUGUUGGAUCGGACUCGCGUUUUGCUCUGAAACUACUGACGUUUCUUCACUGCUGAUCUCCAGAAACAUUCAGCUGACAGCUGCGAUUCUGUCAUGAUCCCACCUGCUCGACACAGGAAACAGCAGAUCUUUGGAAGGUCAGUAAAUAAGGUGCACUUUGAAGAGAGGAAGAAUGGUGGAGUAUUCAGGGAUGUCUGGGUAGCGCAUCAUUUAAGAGAAAACAAACAAACUAAUGUAGUUCACACAGGGCUAAAUAUAUGAUCAUCAUUAUGAAAGUACCAACAUCAGCAGUGUCAUCAUCAUACAACGUUAUUGAUCGCUAUUAUUAUUAUUAUUAUUACUAUUAUCGUUAAGGAUAUUUUUCUGCUGUUUCCAUGCAGUUCGGCAGACACAGAGAACUACUUAUUGAUCUAUUAUGCAAAUAAGGUGUUGAAGCAUUAGCAUUGUGUUGAUGGAAGGUGUCCCCUAAACACAUCCGCUGAUGAGAAAUCCACUUCCAGGCAUCUCUCUCCGAAGUUAGAAGUUCUGUCACUGUUUUGCACACUACUUCAGACCAUAUAAAUUUCUCUUUCCAUACACGAAAAGAUAAUCGACUAUUUUUGUCAAACCGACUCUUCCCUUUCUACACCGAGCGUCCUGGCGUUUCGUUUCAGGCCUCAACCAUUCCAUUUGAUUUCUGUCUCUGGUCCUGUGCUGUUUUUGUGGGUGCGAUAGAGUUCCUGAUUGUUUACAGGAGGUCUCUGCUCUGAGGAUGAUGCAAAGAUUGUGAAAAAAAAAAAAAAAAACGUGACAAAUGUAGCCAGAAUCCACCUGCUCUGUUCCAAAGCCGCCACCUCGCCCUCAUAUCUCCUCCACACACGUGCCAUAUGUCAUUGUGAGGCUGCCCCAGGCAUAUUUUCGAGGCCUUGGUUGUGUACGUGUGCGAGUUUCUCCGUGUUUAGCAUAUGCAGAGUGCAGAAACGAGCGUGUUUGUGUGGUGUUCGUGUUAGUUUAUGCAGGAUAAGUGCGUGAGUGCAUGCGUAUGUGCUUGCAUACCACAAGAUAUGCAAAAACAAUGCAAUAACUUUGACUGUACAACAGUUUUCUUUCAGAACUACAGCUGUACAAAAAUCUAAGAUACAGAGAGAAAUAUAUUCACUGUUGUGUAUUAAGUUACAGAACUUUAAAAUCGAAGAAACCUGUCAUACUUGAAAUCGGGUGCAUUUGAGUAUUGAGUAUUUUGAAAAUCUUGUGCGGGUCAGUUUGGUUUGAUGUUUUUCUUCCGUUGGUUUCAAUUAUCUCUGCAUGAGGAUUAUUUUUGGUGUGCCAAGCGUUUUGAGUAUUUUUUUUUUGUUGUUUUCAUUUUAAACAUUGAGGAAACACUGAUGACGAGGAGUGAAGGUGUAAAUACAGACGGAGAAGAGAAGUGUCUCGUUGGUGUGAAAAUGAUUUUGCAUAUCUUGUGCUCAGCUGAAAGGUGCAUGAUACGCAAGAGCAGCUCUCUCUCUCGCGCGCGCUUUUUUCCCCUUUUAUCUUUUCAUUCACUCACCCUCCUUGUCCUUUCUUCAGCAGACAUCACAGUGAAGGCGUUUUAUUACGGCAUCCGCAUGCCGGUGAAUGGGCUCACUCUAAAUGGUUGGUCAUGCACAUAAAUUCUCACUAUUAUUUAAGGCUGCAAGCGGAAACAUUAGAAAUCCCCUGUCAUUUCUCUAGCCUCAUGGACAAUCCGCAUUCGGCGAGGAGAUUUAGGUUGGAAAUAAUGGAUUUGGAUGCUAUGCUUGAAUAUUUAUUUCUCGUUUUUGGUUGCGUUUGCAUGGAAUCUUAAGAAUCAACCUAGCAGACGGAGUCGUCCUCUCCCUUCAUUUGCCAAUGAUUGUAUAUUUUUAUAGACUUAGAAAAGAAUUAACACUAGAAAAGCGACAAUAUAAACUCAUCUAUAUCUGCUGAAUGUCAGGGUUAAAAUGGCUACACACAACCGUGUUUGAGAAUGUAUGUAGUGAUUAUGUAUAGAUAGAAAUUAAAUUUAUGAUAGAGAAAUAUAGAGUAAAUCAUUCGUUAUUCACCGCAGUAGCUCCUUUGAAACUCCAGUCGUACGGCCUGUUUUUAAGCAGGAUGGUUGGGCGUUUUUUUUUGCUGAGGGAGGAGUGCAAUGAGAUUAAUCAAGAGAUUUCAAAUCCGAGGGCUUUUUCACCGCUGCUUUAUUCAGAUCAACGCAUCACGUUCCCCUCCGAGCACCUGCACAUGAUAGAACGGUGUGGAAAAGCCACGAGCUUUCGUGACACAAAAGCAGCCCCUGUGUUAAACGAAACCACUAAUGAAUGAACACAGAGAGCUGUCCGCUCAGGCCUUGGGGAAACGUACCAAAUAUUUGACUGAAUAUUUUAUUAGUUGCUCAGUGAGGUUUUUUGCCCAAAUGGUUGUAAUGUAGCUUUUCUUCUCUCAGAGAAUCAGAAGUUAUUUUAUAUAUUUUAAUAUACGAGAAAUAUUUAUCAGAUCUGGUUGGAGGGAACGGCCAAAGUCGUGAUAUUUCAAGUGGGGGAAGUGUAGGUCGCUCUCCUGAUGGACUCUGAUUGGUUGUGGCUUAUAUUUUCGAUUUGCCAUCAGUAGCAGUAGAGCACACGCACGUUUCCCUAAUAACAAAAAGGAUAUAUUGAAAAGAAAAAUUGAAAAAAUUGUUUGAUUAGAAUGUAUGUAACUAUCCAUAGCAAUUGAGCAGCAUUGUUAUAACCUUUCAAGUUCACAAAACAUUACAGUAAACCACAGUCUUUAGGGUGUUUUUGUUUUAUUUGGAUAAACCCAGUAAUGCACAUCUGGUGUUUCUGGGUUCAUGUUGUGUUCGUUGGCUAAUUCCGCAUGUGUCAGACUGAAGGAACGUGCCGUGGGGUUGACCUUUGACCCAGAGGAAACCUGGACAGCUGCAAUGUCUGCCCUCUGGUUUAACCUUUGUGUAGCACGUAUCUCUAAUGUCCUCCUUUAUAUGACUGUUAAUUUGAUAUUAUAAGUUAAUGUAGUUUGUUAAUGAGUUUUAAUGAUAAAUUAAAAGCUAAGGUGGUGAUGCAAUAAUCACAAUUUGCACAUUUAAACCACAUUUAGUUCGACACAUCGUACACAAUCCAAGUGAAGGAUGAAUUUAUGCAUAGAUUUUAGCUGUCGUCGUGUAAUUAUUAAUUUCGCCCUAAGCUCAAAAUGUCAAUCUUGCCAUAGUUUCAUUUCAACAGGUGGGACGAUAAAUGAAUGCAGAUUGUUUCAGGCUGUUUCCUGCAGUAGGUGAGACGGGUCUUCGGCGUUUUUAAGAGCACCGACUGCUUUCGAAAUCCGAAAUCACGGGUAGGGCCGAAUGAAUGCAGAACCAUUUCUAUUUUAAGUGGCAUUUCCCCACCUCUAGUUCCACCCAGCGAAUGUAGCACUGGAGACUAAGAAAUGAUCAGAACGAUAACGAUUGUGAUGAGGAGCUCGAAUUGCACAAAUCUCCAUGUAUGAGUGAACAUGUUGCAAUGGCUUAUUCUUUAUCUUUCUGCAGAGAUGGACAUAAUGCUCCAGCUCUGGUCUUGAUUCGUUGGGUCUCUUUCUAUAGUAUAUAGGGUAGGAGAGAACUGAGGGAAUUGAUUCCCUCACGCUCACUCAUCUACACCGUCCCACAAGUCUUUCUGUUGGCUGAAAGGCGAAUUUGCGUCACACUAUUUUGAUGCGAUUCGGUUGUCAUUUAACCACUCAAGUCCAUCAAAUCUGAGCGGGUCGUCUCAGUGGCUUUAUUUCGGUGACCACACUAGCAGCUUCUCUAGUUUUGAUCGACGGUGCGGACGGGAAGAGUAGUCUCAAGGUCCUGAGCUGUUUGUUAGAUUUACGAGCUGAAGUAAAAUUAGAUGCGUGUCGUGCUUUUGGUAGAAUUCGAAGGAAUCAGUGCUGACCAUUCAGGACUCUCACGAAACACCGUCAGAGGUCAUUCACAUUUUGGACUAUUUAAUCGAGUUUAGACCCCAGGUGUUAUUGAUAAGUCUGUGAGACGUCUGCAUGGUCUGUCAUUCCCUCCUCUACUUUUACUGACUCUUUUGUUUCAUUCCAUCAUUCUUUCAUUUGUUCAUUUAGAUUUUAAAAAGAAUACGCUACGUAAAUCUGAAGAUUCAAUCACUUUUUCUACUCCUAUUUUCAAAAAAAAAAAGUGAAAAGAAAAAAACAACAAAAAAUUGGAUUUGUACAUAAGUGAUUGUACAGUUUGUAUCUGUAUCUGUCAGUCUGUCUUUGGUGACAGAGUGUGUCUUGCUUAUAACGCACGCUACCAGUAAAUAAAAACUAAAAAAUAUCUUUAGAUUGUAUGGUUCUUGACAGGAAGUUUUAAAUUAAUCUCUGCUGUAUAUUCCUGUAAUAUUGCAUUUUUAUCUGAGGAAUGAUGUUAUUAAACAAUUGCAAAUAAAGUGAA